AUGAAUGUCAUGAAUGAGCCUGCGGAGAAUGUUACGGUCGUGGAGGAGGACAAGUACGAUCUCAACUUUGCUUCCGGAAUCCCUAACGCAACCGUUCCGGCCAGACCGAUUCACGCCGCGCGUGUUUCUAUGGAGGCACGCAUAGGGGAGGAGUCCGGUGAGGACGGACCGGGAGCAUGCCAGAUCAAGCUCUGCCCAUUUGCAGAUCGCUCAUAUUCAGCAAUCGCCGGGUUCCAGUUUGAGCUCCUCCGGACCAUCACCCUCGCCAACAUGAUGCAGAUCAUCGAGGGGACAUUUCCCGACCUGCCAGCGGCCUUGCGGUGCGACAUGAAGGGUUUCGACUUCAUGGAUGUGGACGGCUACUUUGAUGGAUGCCGUGAUUGGAUAGCCCAGGCAUUUGUUCGGGCCCAUGCAGCUGGUGUAGUCGGCUGGGAUAUUCCCCACGCCGUGUUCAAGCUCGACUUCGUUCCUCCGUUCGGCAGCUCAGAAGACAUCAAGUCUGCACUUGUUUCCAUAGAGCUGCGGAUUGGCGAGGACAGCCGCAAGGAGGGUCCCGGGGCUUGCCAGGGCAAGCUCUGUACGGACACGGGCCGUAAUAAGCGGCGCGUAAGCGUUGGCUUCCAGUUCAUGCUCCUGCGUCCGAUCAUCCUCCGCCAGAUGAUCGACUUGAUCAAUGGUGAACAUUCUAUGCUCCCGAGCACCACGGGAGCUGACUUGAAAUGUUUCGACUUCAUUGAUAACGACCGCCAUUUUGACGGAUGCCGCGACUGGAUCGCUCAAGCCUUCGUCCGGGCGCAUGCCAUAGACGUGGUGGACUGGAAAAUUGCGGGCAUUACCGGCCCCAGCGGGCAACAACUGCAGCACGUGAGUCUGCGUCCGAAACCUGGGGUCAAAGCAACGGUCAUCGACUGGAAUAACGCAGGCUUCCACGACGUCAUUGGCAAGUACUUUGAGGAGCCAUCGAUCGACGGUGCUGGCAACAUGGUCGUCCACUACCGUCAUCUACCCCUCGAGGCCGGCCGCUUCUGGGCACGGGACUUUUCACCGCAGCUCAUACCCGAGCCCCCGCUACUGGCCGUGGUGGCGCCUCUGUGCCUCUUGCACAUGGCGGUGCUGCGAUUGAUGGCCGCGGUGGUAGCGCUCUUCCAGCUGCGCGUGGUGGGGCUGCUUCCUCUGCCGGACGUGGCUGUGGUGGCAAAGCUCCUACUGCCGAGCGAGGUGGUCUUUCAGGACGCCGGUUGGGCUGAGGCUUGUGUCCAAGCCUAA